CCUCCUGUAGUCCUCCUGUAGUCCUCCUGUAGUCCUCCUGUAGUCCUCUAGUCCUCCAGUGCUCUAGUCCUCCUGUAGUCCUCCUCUAGUCCUCCGGAGGAACCGAAGAAGAAGCACUUCCUGCAGGUCUCCUCUGUUUCUCCUCCGUUUCCUCCGGGACCGGUUCUGUUCGAUGCCCUCCUCUGACGUCCGUUAACCGGAUCUGAGUCCUGACCCCGGACCCUCUGAUGGCCUCCAGGCGGCCGGAUAGCUUCGACGGGCUCGGCUACCGCGGCCGCGACGACCCGCUGUACGGAGCCGGGUACCCGGUCCGAAGCGCCGGGGCCCCCGCGGAGCUGCAUCACCACCACUGGGUCACCACCCCACCGGACAUCCCCGGUAGCCGCAACCUGCACCCCGGAGACCGGACACCCAUGUACGACGAGCCGCUGGGAGAACCCGGUCCUCCGGGAGCCGGUCCUGCGCAGCCCGGGGUACCUCCCGCUGAGCAUCUCAACCGCUUCGCUGGCUUCGGAAUUGGACUCGUCAGUCUGUUCACAGAGAACGUCCUCUCGCAUCCCUGCAUCGUUUUCCGCAGACAGUGUCAGGUGAACUACCACGCCCGCUGUUACCAUCUGACUCCAUUCAGUGCGGUCUCCGUCAUGUACAGCAUCACCAAGGCUCAGGGGAUCAAGUCUCAGUGGAAGGGGUUGAGCAGCACCUUCAUCGUUCACGGUGUUUCUCUGGGAGCUGAAGGCAUCAUCAGCGAGCUCACGCCGUUACCACGGGAACUUCCUCACAGAUGGACCUGGAAACAGCUGAUUGGACAUUUACUGCUCAAAGGGUUAACAGCUGUGGUGGCUCUACCGUUCUACUGCUCCAGCCUCAUCGAGACUGUCCAGAGUGAGAUCGUGCGGGACGAGUCGUCCUCUGGGCUCCUGGACUGCGUCCGUGAGGGUCUUGCUCGUGUUUUGGGGGUGGGGGCUCCUCACAGUCGCCGUCUGCUUCCUCUCAGCUGCCUGCUGCUUCCUGCCGCGCUGCACGCCGUCCUGCGCUACGCUGUGGCGGCCGGCGUCCAGCGGGCGGCGCUGUGGCUGCACCAGCGAGGCAGGAAGCAGCGCGUUGACCCCACCAACCCCCUGGACGCCUACUUCCCGGAGCUGGCGGCGGCGUGGGCGGGGUCUCUGGUGGCCGACGUGGUGGUGUUUCCCCUGGAGACGGUGCUGCAUCGCCUCGGCGUUCAGGGCACGCGCACCAUUAUCGACGCCACGGACGGUGCGGUGGCGCUGGCGAACGGAGGCGGCCCGCUGGUCCUGCCCGUCAACACGCAGUACGACGGCUUCUCCGACUGCCUGCACGCCAUCCGCCGGCGGGAGGGCGGGGCCGGCUUCUACCGAGGCUUCGGGGCGCUGGCGGCUCAGUACGCGCUGCAGGGGGCGCUGCUGGCCGCCGCCAGGACGCUGCUCAGGCUGCUGCUGCUGGACACCAAGCACGGCUAGAGCGUUACCGUGGAGAUGCUUUAUCAGUCACCUCCCCCUUCACCACCCCUCCCUCUGAUUGGUUAACCACCUGCUGGUCAGGAAGUGAUCAUGUGACUUAGCCUAGCUUAGCAUAAGGACCAGAAGUUACCAAAUACUCAGUGGUUGCCACGGUAACCCAGCAUCACUUCCUGUACCAGCUGAUCGGUCACCUGCAGCGAAUAGAAACACCUGUUUGUAUAAAGUUGUAAAAAAAAAAAAAAAAAGAAA